AUGGGCUCCACAUCACACUUUCCUCCUAAGCUCACAGAGAUUUUCCCCAAGGUGGCAGUUGAAUCAACCAUUUAUAUGAUAGAUGCUUUCUCAUGCAAUGCGAUCGACAUUGUUGGAGGAGUUGGGCCUGGUGCUGAUGCUGGUGAUUCUGGUGCCAAUGCUGGAGGUGUUGGUGCUGGUGGUGACAAUAGGGGUGGUGCUAGUGGUGGUGGUGUUGGUGAAAGUGGUGGUGGUAUUGGUGAAAGUGAAGGUGUUGGUGUUGGUGAUAGUGGUGGUGUAGGUGGUGGUGGUUGUGUUCUAGGUGGUGGCGGUGGAGGAGUUUUUGGUGGUGGUUGUGGUGGUCGUGGUGGUAGAGGAGUUCUUGGUCGUGGUGGGGGUGGUCUUCUAGGUGGUGGUGGUGGUGGAGGACUUGGUGGUGGUGGAGGUGAACAAGCAUUUGGAGUAAAAUAA